AUGGAUCUCGUACAAGGCCUUGCCGACAAGGUCGGGGUGCAGAUACCCGACACCAAGACGCUCUCGCUGUUGGCCACGCUCGCCUGCGUCGCGCUCACCGUGCCGUUGGCCAUCAUGUUUCACUUCUCCGCUCGUCCACGCAUCCAACGCAUCAAGAUUUACCACGAACGCGUGCUCAUCCUUGGCGCGUCCACCGAAAAGGGGGUAGGCGAAGCGCUUGCUCUCCAGUAUGCUCGCCGUGGAUGUCGAGAUCUCAUCCUCGUCGGGCGAAACAUGCAAGGGCUAGCGGCUGUCAAGAAGCGCUGCAUCGAGCAAGCUGCUCAGGGAGAGGAGUACGACAUGUCGGACGAAGCUCCGGGAGACGAGGCCAAGCUCAAGCACGAGUCGCGCAUUCACUGUAUCGCAGCCGACUGCUCCAAAGCCGAGGACGUGGAUCGGCUCAGGAAGCAGGUCUCGGCCAAGUUCAAGGGCCUGGACACGCUACACAUCUGCUUCGGUGUGUCUGCUCUGCUGCCGUUGCUCGGUGUUGCCGGCGUCGACCCAGUCCGAUCGAAGGACUCGACCAAGGUGUACCCCGACAAAUCCGGUCUCGAAGCUGUCCAGCAGGCGGUGGCAAGCGCAUCGAACGUCAAUGUCGCAGGAACGGCCGUUGUUCUAGCAGCUUUCCUGCCCAUGCUCCAAACCACCUCGUCGCUUCCUGCGGUCGUCCUUAUGUCGUCGGCUGCUGCCUUGUUCGCUACGCCCACUCGCUCGGUGUACGCGGCGACAAAGUCAGCUCAGCUGUCGCUCUUCCGCUCGGUCGCCAUCGAAUUGCAGGCCCACGCUGAAGUCAAGCCGGCAGAUUCAGGAAAGCGUCGUUCCAGGGUGCGCUUCCUCUCUAUCUGCCCUGGCACCAUCGCCACCUCGUUCCGUCACUCGGCGGUCGACCUGGACCACAGCAAGGGGGACAUGCCGCAGGACCUCGCCUGGGUCAAGGGCGAAAAGAUGCUCACCCCGGAAGGCGUCGCCGAGAAGACCAUCUUUGCCGUCGAUCGGUACAACGAGGGCAUCAUCACGUUGCCGCCCUUCUACGCAUUCGCGACCUGGAUCGACAAGAUCUACCCGAGCUUCAUUGCCAGGGAGGCUCGUAAGAAGUAUGCCUAUUGA